UAUAAUACGCAUAAUACGCAAAUAGAACCAGGCUGUAAGGUCAGACGUAACCAAUAGGCGGUACUGUGCCGUUGUCCAUGAACGUGUCUCCAUCCCUCAGGACAUCAGUGUGUCUCUGCUCUUUAGCUCCACGUCUGACCUCAAUGCUCACUGUCUGCGCUGCUUCCACAGUGUGUCUGUGUCUGUCCACCGCCAUCCACUUCUAGGAUCUCAUCUGUUCACCUGCAGUUACUUCUACUGUUUGGGACCGUCCUGUGUUCUGUUCUGUUCUGUUCUUCCUACUUUUCCCUGCCUCACGGCUCCCUUAAAUCUGGUUCUUCGCUGACUGCGUCGCGGACCAACAGGGAGAAAGUCCGGAUCGUAAACAAGAUAUUUUCAAGGGAAUAGGUUUGUGAUUUUAUUCCUGGACGGAUUCCAGGAAAGAAAAACAAAAACAAAACACACACGCACAAAAUGCGGGACUGUAAAGGAGCCAUGUCUAAAUCUUCGUCCUUCCUUAUUGAGAAUUUGUUGGGAUCUACGGACCGAGGAGCCGCGGCCGAGGUUAGACCAGGAUGUAAAGACCAGGGUUCGGGUGUUUGCGGGAGUUGGACCCACAGCAGUGAUUUGAAUUGGAGAACCACAGUGCGCUGCUGCCUCAGAAGUCCAGCCCACAGUCUGGGCUGUGAUGACCCCAGAGACCCCGCUCUGACCAGCAGUGACCAGCACUCUCCAGGUUUACCAGGACCAGGACCACGAGAGGAGACAGAGGACAGGAAGUCAAAAGAUGAAUGCAGUUUGAUGGAGGAGAGGGAGGAAGACGUCCCCUCCUCCUAUUUCCCCAGGUUGGACCACGGUGAAACCAAUCUAACUCGAAAGAAGAAGAGCCGCACCGUAUUCAGCCGCAGUCAGGUCUUCCAGCUGGAGUCCACCUUUGACCUGAAGCGGUACCUGAGCAGUACGGAGCGGGCCGGCCUGGCUGCCUCGCUGCAGCUCACAGAGACACAGGUGAAGAUCUGGUUUCAGAACCGCAGAAACAAGUGGAAGAGACAGAUGGCUGAGGACAUGGAGGCUACAAGCAGCAGCAGCAGCAGCAGCAGCAGGAGCAGCAGCAGCAGCGCAGCUGUCAGUCCCUACACUACACACACAGUUAUCAGAGUCCCCGUGCUGUAUCGUGAGACUGUGACCUCACCUGUGACCUCACCCGUGACCUCACCUGUGACACUGACCAGGCUGCCUCAGGGGUCACCACUGACUGUGGGCUUCUCCAAUAUCAUCAACUAUCCACUGACUCCUCAUUUCUCUCAGCCACUAUCAUUUCUGAUGCCACAGAUGACAGGGUUGGUGUGACUGGAGUUGUCCUGCCAGUACUAUUGACUCUUUGGACAAAAAUUUGUCAAAUACACAUGCAACUAAAAUGGACACUUCAGUUGUGGUUCUCAGUCUGGGGAGAAUGAUAUUUUUUCCAGCUUCUAAAACACAGAAUUUGAAUCAGGCAUAUACAGUAUGUCCUUGGGGUCCUUUUAUUGUAGCUUCUAAAAUAUCCUUCAAACACUAGAACUAUUUCAUUUAUGAUUUUUUUUAGAAAUAUUUUACAAUUCACUGCUAAAUGUUAUUCCUAUGAUGGAUAUCUGGGGACCGUGGGUUGACCACAGUUCUGUGCUCAGGGCUGCCAGGAUCACACAGGACACACAUUGUGGGAUUAUUAGGACUAUUGUCUGGACCACCACGUACAUGUGGGAAAAGUUACGAGGCGAGGAUAUGUGGAGGCUUGUGAAACCUGAAGCAUAUGUUUUUGUUUUUUCUAAAUAAAGACAUUUUAAUUAUAAAUGUUUUGGAUUUCACAAUAAAUCGCAAAAAGCUCAUAUUUGUGACAAUAUACAUUUACUACGUCAGUAAGUAAAUGACAACAGUCACUUUAUUUUAUACUCAACUAUGCAAAAAUGUACAUCAUGGAUUUGGCACUUGGUCAUUCUGACCUGUUUCUGCUCAGACCUGCUAUUUCUAUGCAGUGAUAUUUUAGUAUUUAAUUAUUUUUCUUACAAUGCUCAACUUUGUACACUUCAUGUUGACAUGUUAAUAAAAUA